AUGAAGUUCACUGCUGAGCCCGGCAUGCAAUACGCAUACUGCGGAACAAAUGACGGCGUCUCGCUUGCUUACCAGACUUCUCUGCCUCUUGAGGACAUUCCUGAUGCCGGACCCGGAUCGCUAGCCGACCCCCGUCGACAGUCAUGUAUCCUCCUCAUGCAUGGCUUCAGCGGCUCCUCAAAGUACUUCACCCGCAACUUCGCCGCCCUCUCAGAGAAGCACUGGGUAGUUGCUCCCGACAUGCGUGGCCACGGUGCCUCGGGACGGACUAAGGGGGGCUACCACGUUGCAAGGCUCGCUGCUGACUUGCGGACGAUCGUCGAGUCUCUCCGCCAGGGUCACGGGAAUAUCAAGAUUGUACCUGUGGGAUGCUCUAUCGGCGCUGCUGUGUUGUGGACUUAUGUCGAGCUCUUCGGCGACAGUGAUUUUGCCGGGUUUGUCUUCGCAGACCAGGCUCCACUGCAGGACCGUUCGGCUUUCGAUAACUGGGACGCUACCAAAUCCCACCUAGGUUGUUAUAAUGAGGCCACCAUGCUGGGUGCACAGCGCGCGUGGAUAGAGACCCCAGAAGCGGCACAUAAAGGUCUCGUCAGCGAGUGUCUUGGCUAUCGCUUCUCACCAGAGGAAAGCGAUCAGGUCAGCCCCAAGGCCGCCGCAGAAGACGAGGCCUUUUUCACAGGCAUCAGCGGCCUGUGCGAUGGGGAGUGGCUCGCCAGACUUUUGGCCGACCAUACAAGGUAUGAUCAUCGGGAGGCUAUCGAGCUUAUUAGCAAGCCUACACUUGUCUUGGCUGGACGCCGAACGGGUUGUUUCCCUCUGGAGGGUUUGAAGGAGACUGUUGAGAGGGUGAAGAAGGGAAGUGGGCGACCAGAGCUGGCAAAGUGGUCUGUCUUCGACAGCGGCCAUUGGAUGUUCUAUGAGGAGCCGGAGCGAUUUCAUAAGGAGAUUACUGAAUUCGUAUCCGAGUGCUGA